AUGAAAACACUAUUCGGAGUAUGCGACGAUGAAUGUGCAAAAGAGUCUGUAGAGGAAAUAGGUAAAAUAGAAAAAACAAAUGAACGUAUGUUACAUAUACUUAAAGACCAAACAACUGUAGUAAAAUCUGCAAUAAAGGGCAUAAGUACGACGUCAGAGGAAGUAAACAGGUUAUACGCGGAAUUGGUAGAUAAACAAGGAAUAAUAGGAGAGUUAGUUAAUAAAACAAAUACUAUGGAAGCGUUAGUUUUAUCGAAUAAAAUACACGGUAUAUUUACAGCAUUAUUAGUGCAAUAUUCGAUGGAAACACAGUCAAUAAGCGCUAUCAUAACAGCCGCAAGGACGGGAGUAAUACACCCAAGUUUAAUGACCCCGCGCGAAUCAGCAAAUCAUUUAACACAAAUUAAAUUAAAUUUACCAAUUAAUUUAAAUUUACCUAUGGGAGCUAACCCGAACGAAAUUUACGAAUUAAGUAAAAUUACGAAAAUGGCAGUAUUUUAUAAAGAAAAUCCAAUAGUUUUUGUAAUACAAAUACCAUUAGUAACGGAAUUAGAACUUACCUUGUAUAGAAUACUUCCAAUACCUCAACCGGUAGAAACACGUAUGAACGGAGUAAUAAAUAAAAAUCAUAGUAUAAUUCUUAAACCAGAAUUUACAUAUGUAGGCAUUACGAAAAAUCGGGAAGAGUACACAACUUUUACGGAAACGCAACUAUUAAGUUGUAAGGAAACCGAAAUAUUCACAAUAUGUCCUGAGUUUUCACCUGUUGUUCAUUCAAGUAGUAGAAAUCCAUGUGAAAUAUCGUUAUUUAAAAAUCCGGACGUAUUACCGAAAACAUGCGAAGCGGGAGUACUA